GGCGAGAGAAAGAGAGCGAGGAAAAAUGGCGCCAGCUGAUCCAGUUCAAGUGGCUGCGGUUUCGUCGCGUUUGCGCAUGCUCUAUUUUCCGACAGCACAUAUUACAGAAGGAAAACGAAUUUCUAUAAAUCUUAAUUUCUUCCUUUCUGUAUUGCAUUGCGGAAGAAAGACACGGCGAAUUCGUUCUCAGAUAUGUCUACUGUAAACCAAAACACUCGGUUAAAAUCUUACAAGAACAAAGGUCUUGACGCUGAGGAACUAAGGCGAAGACGCGAAGAAGAAGGCGUACAACUUCGCAAAGCGAAACGGGAAGAACAUGUAAGAUAUUUAAUCUUUGUCAUUCAUUCAUUGUGUUAGAAAUAUCAUUUGAGUGGCUAAAGAGUUUAUCUUUAGUUGAUAUAUUAAGGUCUUACAUAUUGUUGCUUUUUGGUGUAGGUUUUCAAACGGAGAAAUGUUGAAACGCAGGAUUUCGAUUCGACUCCUGAACUCGAAGCGUUGUUGAACGACCCUGCACGGGUAAACUUUAUUAAAUAAUUUAAAUUUAUAUAUUGGUGAUAUUGUAUUGUGCAGUACACUGAAAGUAUGUAAUUGUACAUUAAUGCUGUUGGUAUAUAUCUACUGUAACUUUUUGAUUGUGAAUAUAAUCAUGUUGGGACCAGCAGGUGGUAAGAUUAUAUGGCUGUCAACUUGGUUAUAGCCAGAUUUUCUGGCACAGGGAAUACCCCCAGAACAUGGGUUUAUCCCCAAAGAGCUGCUGCUCCUCAGCUCUCCCCCCACCAAAACAUUAAGGAAUGAAACCUCUGACCACAUAUCUUAGUAUAUAUCAUGACAUUCACAUUUUGGGAAUAUGUUGGUGGAAGAGAUUAUUUUGCUGGCCUCAGAAUGACAAAACAUAACAAAGCAACAGUUUUACUAACACUAACCCUAUUCCAAACACCAACUCUAAUCCUAACCUAACCCUACUCCAAGUUUGUUUCUAAACCAAUCUUGAAGAAAAUGUUUUUGACGAAAUGUCAUUCUGAGGUCAGCGAAAUAACUUCUUCCUAUGACGGUCUGUGAAAUUAGAAAUUAUGCUGAGAUUGCUAAUGAGAAAUUAUGCUGAGAUUGCUAAUUAAGGUCUGACACGAGGAAGCAUCUGUGGGUUUAGGAGAACCAACCCCAAUCUUCUUCAAGUUCGCACAUCCCUCCACAAAGUAAGCAGAAAUGGCUUGCAUGCCACUUCAGAAGAAAAACUGUGGACACAGCUCUUGCAAAUAAUUCUAAAUCCACGCCAUUUUUCAGAGUGCUUUAGCAAAUUCAAUGAUCCAGAAGUUAUACACAGAGAAUCAAGAGGAGCAGUUACUUGUCACUCAACAAUUGAGAAGACUACUUUCAAAGGGUAAGGCAAAGAAACAUGCAUUGUGUUUUGUGAACAAAAUAGUUUUUUAUCAUAACCAUGCAAAUUAUAUCAUUGUUUUAUUUCACUGAUUAGAGCCAAACCCUCCCAUUGAAGAAGUGAUCAAUAGUGGUGUUAUUCCAAGACUAAUUGAGUUUUUAAAGAGAGAAGAUAACCAUGUUCUUCAGGUGAGUAGCUUUUAUUUAUUGGCAAUCCCCCCUCCCAAUCCCCCCACCCAAUCCCCACCUCCCAAUACCCCCUACCUCCCAAUCCCCCUACCUCACCAUUCCCCCUACCUCACCAUUCCCCCCCCACAUCUCCCCCCAAGAUGGAUCUGCAUCCACCCACCCCUGAUAAGUAGAGUCAAAACAUUGAAUUGUUAGGGAGGUGUUGCAGGUGAUACCUAUAAGCAGAACAGCGUAUAACUGUCUAUUGAUUAAUGGUGAUGUGUAUUUCAUAAAGUUUGAAGCAGCUUGGGCAUUGACAAACAUAGCAUCAGGAACGUCAUCACAAACAAGAAAAGUUGUUGAAGCUGGAGCUGUUCCUAUCUUUGUUGCAUUGUUGUCUUCACCACAUGAAGAUGUGCAAGAACAGGUGAGGAUUAUGGGUGUAUCAAGUGAAAGCCAUCCCUCAGGAGGUUAUAGAGUAGCUCCCUGAUGUUUUGAAGGGAAUGUCCAGUUUUCUUGGUAAUAUAAAAACAGUGUUUAACAAAGCACAUGUAGCUCAACCAUUUGCUAGGCUUUUGAAUUAAUUGGGAAGAGAUCAACCACUGAUGUCAAAUCAUUGUGUAUUUUUGUUUUCUACUCCAGGCUGUUUGGGCACUUGGCAAUGUUGCUGGUGAUAGUCCAGAGUGUCGAGAUUUUGUCAUUGCGAAUGGCAUGUUGGAUCCAUUACUCAUGUAUGUAUUUUCAAGUGUCAUCUGUAAAGAUUUUGAUAAAAAGUCCAAUUUUUUAUCCCUAAUUAGGCUGAUCCUAAAAGUUACACUAACCUUAAAAAAGAUCAAUGUUGCCUUUUUAUUUUUUUUGUUCCCUUCCCUCCUGUUUACACUGGGGGAAUUAUAGCAAAGACAUUGUAUAUUGUAUAGAAUAUUAACCACAUCUGGAAAAUUAAGUAUGAUGAAGAAUGCUGUUUGGGCUUUAUCAAACUUAUGUCGUGGAAAGAAUCCACCACCAGAUUUUACAAAGGUACAGAUUUAGUUUAAUAUCUUUAAGCUGCAAUACACCCAAAUCUACUUUACUAUUUUACUCUGUCUAAUGCCAGACAAUUUUACUCCUCAAAAUUAACCCAUAAAUGCGCAUCUAGAUCAUUAUAUUUUUAUGAUAUUCCCAUAGGUUUCUGUCUGCCUGCCUGUCCUAGCAAGGCUGUUAUUCAGCAGCGAACCAUCGACAAUGUACCAAUCUGAUCCAGAUAUCCUGGCUGAUGCAUGCUGGGCACUGUCCUAUCUUUCUGAUGGUCCUAAUGAGAAGAUUCAAGCAGUGAUAGCUUCUGGUGUUUGUCGAAGAUUGGUAGAACUGUUAAUGUACGUUGAACAGUCAAGUUAUUGUCUUUUCUAAACUGUUGUAUUUGUUUCCAUAUAUCUAAUGGUGAUUUUUGUCCGAACUAUUUGAAAGAAACACUUGCUGAUGACUUUAGGAUAACUUUAGUUUCAACUUGAAUCAUAGCUAUACUUUUUGCAAUUCCAGGCAUCCUUUCAAUAGCGUUGUCUCAGCAAGUCUUAGAGCUGUUGGAAAUAUUGUUACUGGUGAUGAUGUACAGACACAGGUAUUGAUUUUCCUUAUAUACAAAUCUUAUCUUGUCCACAAAUUCACAUAUCAACUUAAAUUUUAUCCCAGGUUAUUUUAAACUGCAAUGCUCUGCCAAGUCUACUCCAUCUACUGAGUUCAUCAAAGGAAACCAUCAGAAAGGAAGCAUGUUGGACGUUGUCUAAUAUAACUGCUGGCAAUAGAGCACAAAUACAGGUUGGCUAAUACUGUGUUACUGUAUGUUCUUUGUUUUAUCACUUUGUUCCUUGCAUAUUUACCUCUUUUUAAAUUAAGAGGAGAUUUUUUUGUAUGUUACGUAACACGCGCUCAAAACUAAUGCGUAUAAUAUACCACUUGAGGUUAUGACUAAAUUCAAAAUUGUUAUUUUUCGAUACGUUUCUCAAUCGGCAAACAAACUUAAAAAGUAUGUUUAGUGCUUUAUCUGUAAAAUAAUGCUAAAAUGAAGAGAGAAAAUUAUGUCUGAAGUUCAGUAAGUUUUGCUUAUAUGGUUGUAAAUAUGGCGUCAAUUUUAAAGCAUCAUUGAUAAUUGUAUUUUAAUUGACAAUUUUUAACUAUUAUUUUAUGUUUCUCAACCGGCAGAUGCAUUUAAAAAGGUAGCUAACUGUAUAAACUAGAGAAUAAAGCUAAAACAAAGUAAUUUUGAGAGGAACGCCAAAAAGAUUUUAGGUUUUGAACACUUUUCAUUGCAAAUACGUGACAUCGAAAAAAAAUGCCUCUUAAAAGUAUUUGGAGUUUGGUCGCACUGUUAACCCGUGGUUAUGCCUAGUACUGUGUUACUGUAUGUUCUUUGUUUCAUCACUUUAAUGGUUAGACAAAUAUAAAAAUAUUCUUUUGUAUUCUUUGAAUUCGUUUAGAUGGUGAUUGAUGCAAACAUCAUUCCAAUGUUGAUAGAAAUACUUGGUAAAGCAGAAUUCAAAACAAGGAAAGAAGCUGCGUGGGCAGUUACUAACGCUACAUCUGGAGGAACCCCAGAACAAAUCAGGUAAGCAAUUUCAACAAUUAGAAUACAUAAUUGGAAACAAUAAGAAUUCAUUUAGAACUCAAUUAGAAAUGUUUAAUUUCUUUUUAUAACUCCAAAUGUGGAAGCAUCCUAUACUAAUAUCUUUGAUUUGAUUUGAAAAGAUAUCUUGUCGAUCAAGGUUGUAUUCCUCCGUUAUGUGACCUUCUCACGGUCAUGGAUAUGAAAAUCAUCCGCGUUGCACUCAAUGGUCUGGAAAAUAUUCUCAAAGUUGGCGAAGUUGAUGCCAAACAAAGUGGAGAACCAAAUAAAUAUGCUUUAAUGGUUGAAGAAAGUUAUGGUAAGUCAACUCGGCUCACGAUUUUUGCUAUGUCUACUGUGAUCUAAUUCUUUGAUCAUUAUUUUGUAAAUUUUCUUCGGCCAGGUCUGGACAAAAUUGAAUUCCUUCAAAGUCAUGAAAAUGAAGAUAUCUAUAAGAAGACGUUUGAAAUCUUGGAGAAUUUCUUCAACGCCGAAGACGAGGAUGAAAAACUAGCACCACAAGCCACCACUGAUGAAGGACAAUUUCAGUUUGGACAAGGUGUUGAUCUGCCACAGCAAGGCUUUCAGUUUUGAUGGAACAUAGAAAGAUAUAGAAAGAUCAUAAGAUUGAAUUAUGACCAGAUCAGGAGAGCCACAUUAAUGUGAAAGAGAGAGAGUGAACGAAAGAAGAAUGCGAACCCCUGAAAGUGGAAGAGCCCCCUUAAAUCGUUCCCCCCGAAUGCGAAAGCAGUAGAAUUUGAGAGAGUUAAUUCGUGAGCCCCGAAAGUGGAUGAUUCGCCCUUUAUUUGAAAGUGGAAGAUCCCCUCUGAAAGUGAAAGAAAUGCUUUGAAGUGAAAUAUAAAAGCCAGCAAAGUAAAUAUUCACUAUAAUUUAAGAAUUGUAAAAUUCUAUAAACAUUUGGAGUGUUGACUGUGUAAAUAGUAAAAGAGAUGCCUAGAAUUAGGGGCAACGAAGAAUAUAAAACAGAUACAUUUAAUUUCAAGAGAUGUAGAUUUCUACGAAAAAGAAAAGUGAAUGAAAUUAGUAGGUGUGUGGAGUUGUGCAAAGCAUAUAAAUGCAUAAUUUAUACCUUGAAAUAUGCCAGUAUGGUGAUUCACACAACGCCUGAGUGAUUUGAAAACGGCGCAGAAAAGUCAUAUUUACACUAAGGCGGAGCAAAAUUGUUUGAAAACGUCACUUUUGCCGUAACAAUUUGAGCACGGUUUCUAAACGGAGCGAGAUGAAAACGGGGCGCUUGUAAAACACAAACGCCUGUAUGUACUUGGUGUGACCUCUAUUAUUAUGUAUCAAGGCUAAUACCUAACCCCGCCCCUAACCUGUAACCCCGAAUACUGCAAAAUAUCUCAAAUAGAGCAAAAUCAGCUCUAAUUAUUGCGGUGCAAAAACUGAUAAGGAUCAAAUGAGGUAUCUACCCAAACACCGUUACUUUUUUGUACCGCUUGCAUCUUGGGUCUCAAAACAGUCAAUUCCAAUGCAUCUUGGGUCUCAAAACAGUCAAUUUCAAUGUUUUUUGUUUUAAGUUUCUCCUUUGCUCUAUUUGAAAUAUUUUGGGUUCACGUGAGUGCUAAUUUAAUUUGUAAACAAACUGUAAAGGCGUAGUGUGAACACACCCAAAUUCUGCUGGCAUUAUUUCACUCUGGUAUAGUGUGAACCUACGGCUGCCUAGUCUAAUACGUUUAUUUGACUUGGUCCAGAGAACGUACCCUGCGAGCAGAGCCUCAUUUUCUCUCGCUUUCUGGAGGCUCUGCCCACAGGGUGAAAGAUGCGUGUUUUCUUAUUAAGAAUCAGGCGUUUCUCUGGCUAACUCCCUUGUACUCUAUCGGUAACAAGUUUCCAUAUACCUUUUAUACUACUUGUUUAUAGUAAUGUGAUAUACUUCUCUAGAACCUUACUAAGGCCGUCCUUACGUUUUUAUUUUAAAUAACGAAAAUUUACAAAAGUUUAUUUUUUGGUAACACAACAUUUUUUACAGUAACAAUAGAAAAUAUCUUUAACUUAUCAAAUAUCAACAGUUUUUCUAUGACUAUGUACAAUUGGUUUCGUUCUGAUUUUGCCAACAUCAUGGUAUUCUCACCGAUGACAAAGUUUUACUGUCCUAGAAAAGAAGAAAAACUCACUCAAAAUAACUAGAAGUUGAUUACUAAUCAUAGGUUUUAAUCUUCAUCGAG